AAAAGUAUUAGUGUUAGCCUUGGAUAUUCGUUAUGGAAGGUGAACAGUUAGACAAAAAAAUGAAUAAGAUACACGGUUAGUACAGUGGUCUCCAGGCCGUGACAGCGUGUGGCCCCGUCACUGCGGUCGUGCUGCGUCGCCACCACGAGGGAUGAUGACGCCGUACAAACACCCCGGCGCGCUCGUAAACGCGGUUCAAUGGUGUCAAUAUAAUUAUACACAUGAGUGUUGACAAAUAUAAUGUUUGAUAGAUUUCAUGAUCACCAUUGUGCUGCUUAUACUGCUUUAAUAUACGUUUAUAUAUAUAUAUAUAUAUAUAUAUAUAUAUAUAUAUAUAUAUAUAUAUAUAUAUAUAUAUAUAUAUAUAUAUAUAUAUAUAUAUAUAUAUAUAUAUAUAUAUAUAUAUAUAUAUUCUCUAUAUGACCUUACUGCUUGACCGUUUUAAGCUCCUAUGAUGUGGUAGAGUAAUGGCUUUGUGGCUCUUCCGUUUGUGUGCUGAGAGAUGCAUGCCUUGCCGCGUUGUUCAGGUAAGAGCAAAUAGUGCGUGGCGUUGACUUCUUGCUUGAUUAAGGAAACAGUUAUGUGUUACUGAUUAUCUAUUUAUAAAUUAAAAAAUAGAGAAAUAAGUUCAUCUAUCAAUAUUUCACAGAAUACAAUAUAAUUUCGGAAUAUUGAAUUGUGCCUGCCGAAAUUUGACCAAAGAACAAUAUAUUUCUGUAUUUUUUUUCUACAAUAAAGAGAUUAAUGACUGUUUGGUGUUCGUUGCAAGCUUAUUAAUUAUCAUGUAUUGUAACUAAUGCCCUACGUGUUCCUAACGAUGUUGUUUAGUACUAGAAAGAACAUUUUCAGCACCUUCCCAUGGCUGUGUUUAGGAGACAAGGUACAGUACGUGAAGGAAAGCUGAUUAAAUAGUUGUGUGUGUGCGUGUGUGUGUGUGUGUGUGUGUGUCCUGUACAAGUGAUGGAAGUGCAAUUGUGAGAGAACAGGAAGUCAGCAGGGGUUUAUAGUGUGUCAAUUAAAUACUAAAAUUUGGGAAACAUGAUGUGAAAACAGGAGAGGGAAAGAGAAUGUCACCAUUAAUAAAAUCAACAGACCUAUGAUAGACGGCGGGACUGGGGACAAGAAUAACUACAUCGACAAAACUAUACUUUACUAUUCAACUGUCGUGAAGAACUGCAGCCGAUGACCACCGUGAAGGUACGUAUGUAUACAUUCUGUGUCUCCCUUGGUUUGUUAGUCUCGCAUAUCAUCAUAUCAUAGUAUUUAGUGUUUUGACUGAUUGAUUAUGGUGUUAUCAAUGCAUUCAGUAACAAGUGAACCUUACACACACACAUGCGCGCGCACUUGUUUCAGUGUUUCAUGUUCUCUCUUUAUCGGCUCGAACACGGGUUCAUCUUCUAGAUCUGCGCUUAGGCACGGCAUCUUAAUUUGCUCAAGUCUGUUAGUAUCUAAGAUUAAGAAAGAUACCUCAAUGUAAAGCAGUGAGUGUGCUUUAUUUUGGUUAAGGAUACAGCCCCCACAUCCUUGAGCAUUUUGUUUUCUUACAAGCACUACGUUUUAAAGGCCAAAGAGAUGAACAGUCGUCUUCUUAAGAAUGUUUUUCCCUGUUCAAAGUGUAUUUCUUGUUAAACCUUCACUAGAACCAUAAAAAAAACAUCCCUGAAAACUCGCUCAUGUAGGAAGUUGUUGAGAUAAGACGCUGAAGAGUUUGAGCAUACCAGCUACAUUGCUAUUAAAAAAGCUGUAGGCCUGCCUGAAUGACCUAUGCGUGUUUGAUAAUGGACAGAAGUCUUCCGUGGUUCGAACAUAAGAGGGUGCAGGUGGUGGAGUGUGGACGUGCGGCGGUGAGCUCCGAGAAUGGCUCAGGUCGUCACACUAAAAAAAGGCAAGAUUUAGCGACACUCGGAGGACUUUGUAGCAUUCUGUGAGUAAAAUGAAUAUAGAAAGAUUAAAGAGUUUCCAUGAUAAGAAAGUGGAAGACUCGUCGGGAUGACAUCAUGGCAGCUGACCCAAGGCAAACAAGACCGGCUGAUGACUGGGGAUGGAGAUAAUAACGAUAACAAGAUGGUGACCACAGAUGAUGAAGAUGAUGCCAAUGAGGGUCAGGGUGCACCCAGCCAGACACUCUCCCUCACCAGCUUUCUCUUCGGCAACAUUGACACCCACGGCCAGCUUGAAGGAGAUGUGUUUGACGUGGAAUGCAAGCGGCAGCUGGCGUCUCUGUCCCGCCUGGGUCUGGGUUCCCUCCUGAGACAAGUGACAGAUGAUGGUGAUGAGGAUGAUGACGAUGAUGAUGAUGAUGAUGACCGUGAAGAAGAGGAAGAAGCAGAAGUGGUUGAAAAGAGUCCAUCAGCGGUCGAUUAUUCUGACAUCAAUGAGGCGGUGGAAGAUGAUGCUCUGGCCCGCCAUGAAGAUGAUGGUGAGGACUAUGAUGCUGAGGAAGAAGAAAACAGUCUAAGCAAGUCUGACUCAGAGUUGAUGCCUCCACCCCCACUGCCCAAAACUGAAGGUGGCAGUGCUUCUUCCACCACCACGGCCACCACCACCACCACCUCUGGCAGUUCAUCCAGCCGCAGACCCAUCACACCUCUGGCAGCAAUGCUGCCUUCUAAGUACCUUAAUGUGGAUGUCAAGGAGUUGUUCCCAGAUUUUCGACCAGACUCUGUCUUGCGGUUUUCAAGACUUUUUGGGCCAGGUAAAAUUGCCAAUUUGCCUAAAAUUUGGAAAGGUGUGAAGAGAAAAAAGAAGAAGAAAUUUGGCCCUGGUGGAGAGGAUAAAGGUCCGGGUGAUGACUCCUUCCCGGGGGAGGAGGCGCCCCCUACGCCUGAAAUACCAAAAGGAUUUGAAUUACAGUUUGCACCAGAGCCUCCACCAUACAUGUGUGUGGCUGAUGACAGUGUCCGGUUCAGCCAGACGCAGGAACAGGACAACAACAGCAAUGCCCAGAAUGGAGAAGGAGACAAGGCUAAUGACCGUGACCCCAACAAGCCCCAUGAAGCUGACUGGCGUUACGGUCCAGCACAGUUGUGGUACGACAUGCUGGAUGUGCCACUGUCUGGAACCAACUUUGAUUAUGGCUUUAAGAUCAAGGACUUGAACAACCCUGCUGAAAAAUCUGAGGAAGAUGAAGGCUUUCAGGAUGCUCCAGUAAAGGAGGAGAAGGUGGCCACGUCAGGCUACGAAGCAGACAGUGAAGAGGAGAUACCUGAUGACUGCUUUCAUAUGGUGACACAGUACAAUUGGGAGGAGGACAUCAUAUGGAAUGGAGAUGAUAUGAAACACAAGCAAAAUCAGAAGCGCAAAAACAUGGCAGCUGGCUGGGUUCCAAGCAGCUACAACCGCACAGCUCAAGCCUUCAGUCAGCCAACCAAAGUGGCAACACCCUUUGCAUCCACCAAGGCCAGCAAAGUUAAAUGUCAGAUGCCCAGGAAGAACAAUGUGGAUGAUACGUGGUAUUCAAUAUUCCCUGUGGAGAAUGAGGAACUAGUGUAUGGGAAGUGGGAGGACAACAUUAUUUGGGAUCCUGAGAACAUGACCACAAUCCCCGAGCCCACCGUGCUGACGCUGGAUCCAAAUGAUGAGAACAUCAUCCUGGGCAUACCGGAGGAUGUCGAUCCUGCGACCCUCACCCAAGGUAAUGAUGCUCCUGUUAAAGUAAAGAUUCCACAUCCUCAUGUGAAGAAGUCAAAGAUCUUGCUUGGCAAGGCUGGUGUCAUCACCACCAUUGAGGAGGAGUCACCACCACCUCCACCAAAGUCCCCAGACAAAGAUCCAUUUAACAUCUCCAAUGAUGAAUAUUAUCAACCAAAGUCCUCAGAACAAACUAUUAAGAUGUCCAUGGGAGGAGGUCUUUUGCAACAUUCAACUCCAGUUGUUGAGCUGCAGCCACCAUUUAUCCCCACUUACAUGGGAGAAAAGAAACUGAGAUUGUUUCAUCGUCCUCCCCUGAAGAGAUAUUCUCACGGUGCUCUGUCCACCAUGGGGCCGCACUCUGUCCUGCCACUUAUGAAGGAAAUUAAAAAGAAAGCCAAGCAAAGAGAAAUGGAACGUCUGGCCUCGGGUGGAGGUGACGUGUUCUUCAUGAGGACCCCAGAGGACCUUACCGGCAAGGAUGGAGACAUAAUUUUGUUGGAGUACUGUGAAGAGUAUCCUCCACUUCUGUCUCAGGUUGGCAUGGCUACCCGCAUCAAGAACUACUACAAGCGCCGUGCAGGCAAUGACAAGGGACCCCCAGAAUUUAGGUUUGGAGAGACAGCCUAUGCUCACACCUCCCCCUUUCUUGGUGCCAUGCAUCCCGGUCAGAGUAUUCAGACCCUUGAGAAUAACAUGUUCAGGGCACCGCUGUAUGAGCACAAGGCCAUCCACAGCGAUUUCCUAAUUAUACGUACCAGAAAUAAUUAUUGGAUCAGAGAGCUGGAUGGAGUCUUCACUGUGGGACAGGAGUGUCCUCUGUAUGAAGUUCCUGGACCGAAUUCCAAAAGAGCCAAUAACUUUAUAAGGGAUUUCUUACAAGUAUUCAUUUACCGACUGUUUUGGAAGAGUAAAGACAAUCCACGGAGAAUCAAGAUGGAUGAGAUCAAGAGGGCUUUCCCUGCACAUUCAGAGAGCUCUAUUCGUAAACGUCUCAAACCUUGUGCAGACUUCAAGCGCACAGGAGUUGACAGCAACUGGUGGGUGAUCAAACCCGAGUUCCGGCUGCCCACUGAGGAGGAGAUCCGGGCCAUGGUGUCCCCAGAGCAGUGCUGCACCUACUUCAGCAUGUCUGCGGCAGAGCAGCGACUGAAGGAUGCUGGCUAUGGUGAUAAGUUCCUCUCUGCCUUAGAGGAUGACAAUGAUGAUGACACUCAGAAACUGGACGAUGAGAUUAAAGUUGCUCCCUGGCACACCACGAGAGCAUACAUCCAGGCAGUGAGGGGGAAGUGUCUUCUCCAGCUCACAGGACCUGCUGAUCCAACAGGAUGUGGGGAAGGGUUCUCGUACAUUCGUAUCCCCAACAAACCAACACAAAACAAGGAGGAACAGGAGCAGCAGCCCAAGCGCACAGUUACUGGAACAGAUGCUGACUUGCGUAGGCUUUCACUUCACAAUGCAAAGAACCUCCUGCGUCAGUAUGGUGUUCCUGAGGAUGAGAUUGCCAAGUUAACCAGAUGGGAGGUGAUUGAUGUUGUUCGAACACUGUCAACUGAGAAAGCAAAAGCAGGAGAGGAAGGAAUGAAUAAGUUUUCUCGAGGAAACCGUUUCUCCAUUGCUGAACACCAGGAGAGGUAUAAAGAAGAAUGCCAACGUAUCUUUGACCUUCAGAAUAGAGUGUUGGCAUCAGAGGAAGUUCUUUCCACAGAUGAGGGUUCAUCAGAGGAGGAAGAUAAUGAUUCAGAUAUGGAAGAAAAAGGAAAAUACAUUGAGAAUAUCUUGGCUAAUAAGAAAACUACAUCACAAAUGACCCUGGAGAAAGAAGAGCAAGAGAGAAAAGAGCUUCAGAAGAUGAUAAUGGGAGAAGAAGACAAAGAUGGCGAUAAGAGAAAAGGGGCUAAGAAAGAUGAAGAUGAAAAUUCACAGUUUGGAUUUGGUACUCCAGGUCGUCUGCUGAGAAUCACCCGCACAUUCAAGACCUCGGAUGGCAAGGAAUACACCAGGACUGAGAUUGUCCGCAAAAGUGCAGUGAUUGACACCUAUGUGAAGAUCAGAACUUCAAAGGAUGAGUCUUUCAUCAAGAACUUUGCUGGCCAACUUGAUGAAACCCAGAAGGAGGAAAUGAAGCGGGAGAGGCGGCGCCUUCAGGAACAGUUGAGGAGGAUCAAGCGGAACCAAGAGAGACAGCAGAAAGGCAUCGUCACUCCUCCCAAGACCAAGAAACCUAAAUUGAAACCUGACCUCAAGUUGAAGUGCGGUGCUUGUGGCCAGGUAGGACACAUGCGGACUAACAAGGCCUGUCCAAUGUAUGCGGGAAAUACCAGUUCCACGCAACCCAUAAAUGUGGCUCUGACGGAGGAACAAGAGGAAGAAAUGGAGAAAGGAGGAAUAGAGGAAUCUGAAGAACUUAUCAAUGUGGAUGGAACAAAGAUUAAGCUUUCUUCAAAAGUGAUCAAGCAUGCAGAAGAGUUGAAGCGUAGAUCUCUGGUGCUCAAAGUCCCCAAGGACCAAGUGAAGAAUCCCAAACGCAGGAGGGCAGGAACUGUGGUACACUGUGAUUAUCUCAAGCGCAAGGAGAGGUCAGUGAACAGGCGACGCAUUGACCCAGUCAUUACUCUCUCCACCAUAUUUGAGGAGAUGUUGAAUGAGAUGAGGGAGAUGUCAGAUGCACAGCCAUUCCUCUUCCCUGUUAAUGUGAAGCAAGUACCUGACUAUUACAAUAUUGUUAAUCACCCAAUGGACCUGUCCACCAUUCGUGACAACCUGCGGCAAAAGAAGUACCAGAGCAGAGAAGAAUUCCUCUCUGAUAUCUCACAAAUUGUUGAAAAUUCCAAACUUUAUAAUGGUGUCAAAAGUACAUUGACAGUUACAGCACAGAAGAUGUUAGAGUUGUGCAUAGACAGGUUUGCUGAGAAGGAAGAGCGACUCAUGAGGUUGGAGAAAGCAAUCAAUCCUCUCCUUGAUGAUGAUGACCAGGUGGCAUUUGAUUACAUCCUGGACAACAUUGUGAAUCAGAAGCUGUUCUCUAUGCAGGAAUCAUGGCCAUUUAUGAAACCUGUAAACAAGAAGAAUGUAAAAGACUAUUAUGAAAUAAUACAGAGCCCAAUGGACCUUUCCACCAUAGCAAAGAAAGUCAAAAAUCACAAAUACCACAGCCGAGCUGAGUUCAUGCAAGACAUGGAACUUAUUUUGACCAACAGUAUCAGAUACAAUGGUCAAGAUUCUGCAUUUACACAGAAGGCUGAGACUCUUCUGCAAGUCUGUAAAGAUAGUCUGGCUGAAUAUGAGGCUCAUCUUGAUGGAUUGGAAAAGAAGAUUGCUCUUGCCCAAGAACGAGCCUUGGAACAAGCUGAAACAGACUCCUUGUGCACUUCACUUGGCCCUGAUGAUGACACUAAUUACACUUUUGCCGAGCCAGAGCAGGAUCCUCCAGAUCACCAAAUGGGUUCACCCUCAGACCAUCUUAUAAACUAUUCAGGUGAUGAAGAUGAAGAGCAUGUAAAUGUAGUUGAUGGAGAGGAAGAAGAGAUGAUGCAGACACCCAAGAGACGUCGCCUCCAGCAGGAAAAAAGGAACGUCUUGGAGGAAGAUCUUGAAUUCAGUGAUGAUGAAGAGGAUUAUGGAAUGCAGCAACAGGAACAUCAUCAACAAGACCAACAGCAGCAGCAACAGCAGCACAUGGAAGAAAUGUCUGGGGCAGAUAUGGUGGAGGCUGGCAUGGUGCUGGAGGGCCAGUAUGGUUCCCACCAGCAGGGGCCAGAUGAAACACAGGGAGCAGCGGAGGCAAUGGUUCAACUCUCAGCUCAGUAUUCAUAUUACCAGGGUGAAACAGGGGAGUACAAUCCUGAAGGUUUGGGAACAGAAGGCAACAUGGAAGUUGAUGCCAGUUAUGAUCCUUCAGUGGAAUUCCUUGGGGGCAUGAUGCCUUCACAGCCACAUGAUGAUGCCACGAUCAACAAUGACUUGGCUGUGUCAGACUCUGAUGAUGAAGCAGCCCGUCAAGUCGACCAUCAUCAACAAAUGGAAAACCCUCCCCAAGAAGAGGAAGAUGAUAAAGAUGCACUGUGGUUUUAAAUUAGUUAUAGUUUGUUUUGUAUACAUACAAAAUAUCAAUAUAAACUUCUAAAAAUUUU